AUGCUCCAACAUGGAUAUUCUCCGCAAGUUGAGAAAAACCCUCGUUUCCCAUCAGUUUGGCAUGUAGUAAUGCCUUUUGAUCUUCGGGAAAAUCCUUCAAACUUCGUGGAAUCUUCGAACAACAAACUCCUUUUCGAAGUGUUCCCAGCAACCCAGGCUAUAGAGUUCGACAAUCGAGUGUUAGUUUAUCGAUUCGAUGAGCUGCCACCCAAGCCGUGGCCUCAGCAGAUUGCGCGCGUGCCUUGUUAUUUGACAACUGAUCCCAAGGAUCAAGGCCCCAGCAUCCCUACCCGUCAAUGGAGUCAUUCCAGCAUUAAGCUCUCCCCGGCCAUGGAUCUAAGAGAAAACGAAGCAGCAGUUAGUUUGAUCUUCGACUUGGUACGCGAUUUCUUUAGGAAUGCAAAUAUUCCUAUCACGGAAAUCCAAUCCUGGGGACACAUUGUGAUCAUAGUGUUAGAAACAGAACCACAUAAUGUCGAAAUUCUGCAGGCGGUUCCGAACUCAAUUGCACAGUGUCAGUGCUUUUACCUCUUUGAGUCGGAAAUAGAGCGGCCGAUCCAACUAUCAGCGGACCACUUGAAGCAAGUUCCCGCGGCUGCUAUUGAUGAUGCGCAGUACCAGAUCCUCAGGCCGGGGGUGGCUUUGAGUUCGGCAAGAAAUACCCUGGGAGAAUCGUCCUGUACUUCGUCGGGCGUCCUUGUCCAAAACAACAGUGGUGAUAGGUAUAUGACAGCUUCCUCGCAUGGAAUUCCUGAAGAGGGGAUGAUUUAUCAUCCCACCUCGUCUGGUUUGGAAAUCGGGAAGCCUAUCAUUGGACUAGCAAAUACGGAUAUCGCGCUUGUCAAGCUCAACGACGGGGUGCAGUUUGUUAAUGAACCUUUUGAGAAUACUAUCGUCCGACAUGAACCAUUCAUCCUCGGUGACUUCAUUCGGGCAGACGAGACGAAAAUAGGCGGUAAUGUUUUCCUUGAUAGCCCGUUCUCUGGCUUUAUAGAAGGGACGCGCCUAGCCCAUUCUUUUACUCGCAUUCCCUGUAAUGAUCCACACGGACCAAGCCAUGUUUGGAUCCGCUGUCAUUGGGUGAACCUUGGCCAAAACUCCACGGAGAAGGUAGUAGAUGGAGUGUGUGGCUCAGCUAUCUGGGAUGAAGAACACCGGGUUUUGGGGUUCUUUCGCUACGUUCACACGACAGGAACGUUCAGAGAUCAUUGCUCUAUCAUUGCGGCUGACCAUCUCCUCGAUAAAGGAUACACCAUGGUUUAG